GUCGGUCCAAACUGGAAUCUUCUCCGUUCUGGAUCGGCUGUGGUCUGCAGCUCCACCUGCUCUGCUCUACCUCUCUCUCUCUCUCUCUCUCUGCUCUCCCUCCCUCCCUCCGCCCGCGGGAUCCGUGUUUUGCAUCGCUCCCCAAUUUGCAUUUUUUCCUCAGACUUUCCGUGCGGCGCUCCAGCCGUUCUUCUAGCUAGAAGGCGUACCACGGUGGCAAUAUCCAUGCGCCCCGCGUUUACAGAACAAUACGCACAGUAGAACCCACUGGAACAUUUGAAUAAUGUUGCCGAAGCUUUCCGAAAGUAGAAAUUGAGCGUUUAAAAAAAUAUAUAUAUUUGGAUCAAUCGCGUUUUGGUUGCGCACCAUACGAGACACGUGCCUUCGAGGUAAACAGACAGCAGGACUGGGCAGCCAGAUAACGUUAGUAGUCUUGGUUAACGUUACAUUGUUUUUCUCCUGUGUUACAAGCGUGCAUAAGCUGUUAUAACGCCACCAUAGUGGACGUAGACGUCGAGCGGAGGUUCAUUUUGUUUUCGUUUGUGCACCUUGGUUGAUAAUUGAGACGCAGUUGGACAUGUCGGAAGUACUACAAGACAACAUGAGUCAUUAUGGAAAUGAGGAUGACGAGGGACACCUUUCCUUCACCUGUCGCCUCCAAGACACCAACAACUUCUUCAGCGGCUCGCAGGGGGGAAAACGCCCACCCAAACUUGGACAGAUAGGCAGAAGCAAACGAGUUGUCGAGGACGAGAACGGCGUUGACGAGGAGCUAAAAAAUGGGACAGAGAAAACACAGACAGAGGCUUAAACACAUCACCCCCCUGGAAGGACAUUGAUUCUCAUUUUCUAUUUGAUAUUUGCAGUUUUGAUCCAAAGACACUGUAUAUAAGCACUUUUAACCCAUGUGGCAACAAGCACUUCCAGUCCCAUCUCCUCUCUCUCCCAGUCCUCAUGAUGAUCUCCUGAGACUUAUACUGGCAGGAUGGGGAAGCAGCCGAGAUGGAGACAGAGACAGAGAUGGAGACAGAGGUGGAGACAGAAAGAGUGAUGGAGACAGAGAUGAAGACAGAGGUGGAGACAGAAAGAGUGAUGGAGACAGAGAUGAAGAGAGAGGCGGAGACAGAGAGAGUGAUGGACACAGAGGCGGAGAUGGAGAUGAAGACAGGGACAAAGAUGAAGAGAGAGGUGGAGAGAGAGAUGAAGACAGUGACAGAGACAAAGAUGAAGAGAGAGACAGAGAUGAAGACAGAGAUGGAGAUGAAGACAGAGACAGAGAUAAAGAGAGGCAGAGAGAGAGAUGAAGACAGAGAUAAAGAGAGGCAGAGAGAGAGAUGAAGACAGAGAUAAAGAGAGGCAGAGAGAGAGAGGCAGAAAUAAAGAGAGGUGGAGAUGAAGAUUAGGACAGAGAUAAAGAGAGGCGGAGACAGAUAUAAAGAGAGGCGGAGACAGAGAUAAAGAGAGGCGUAGACAGAGAUGAAGAGAGGUGGAGAUGAAGAUGAGGACAGAGAUGAAGAGAGGCAGAGAGAGAGAGAGGCAGAGAUAAAGAGAGGCGGAGAUGAAGAUGAGGACAGAGAUAAAGAGAGGCGGAGACAGAGAUGAAGACAGUGACAGAGAUAAAGAGAGGUGGAGACAGAGAUAAAGAGAGGCGGAGACAGAGAUAAAGAGAGGCGGCGACAGAGAUGAAGACAGUGACAGAUAAAGAGAGGUGGAGACAGAGAUAAAGAGAGGCGGAGACAGAGUUAAAGAGAGGCGGAGACAGAGAUGAAGACAGUGACAGAGUAAAGAGAGGCAGAGACUGAGCGAGAGAUGAAGACAGAGGUGGAGACAGAGAGAGAGAUGGAAACAGAGGCCCAGGUGAAAUAGGUGAAUUCUAUCAUCCAGGGUUUAGGCCCACAGAACUCUUCUAAAACAGGAAUGGCCCAACCCUCCACCUGGAGAGCUACUGGGUGAGCAGCAGGCUUUUUCUCCAGCCCUACACUUUUUUUACACUAGUCAACCGUUGGUCGUACAAUCAAAACUCCUAAGCAGGCAGCCAACAAAUGUAGCCGUGUAGAAAGCGUCUUUCACACACCAGAUUCGGUCAAUCAAGGUGAUUAGUAGAAUCAGGUGUGUUUACAGUAUGUUUGGAGCGUCUAAACCAUGUAACCAGGAGAGGAUGAUGAAGGAGGAAGACGAUGAAUCUAAGGUUUCAGCGGUAGAAAGAGACGAUGCUGUCAAAACCUCACAGAAAUCAGGGAAGGAACAGUCUAAAUGAUCUACUUAACUAAAGCACACAUUGUUAUAUCAAUCAAAACGUACCAGAUUACAUAACCAUUCUUUCUGCUCGUGAUUCUUAUGACGACGAGUGCAAACUAAUAAUAUAGGAAACGUGUAAAUAAGAAAUGGCCCCACCACGUUCUGUUAGCCUGGGCGCCAGUCCGUUCCUGCUGUCCUUGUCCAACUCCUUAUGGAAUUGUCAUGUUUGGCGUGACAAUGACUGAUAAAGACUUGGCAAGACAGCACAAAUAGAUCUGGGAAUCAGGCUAGCGUUUUGUUGCACAGCGGAGAAAAGAAGCGUGAAAUGGUUUGUCGUAAUCUAACAUAACGUGUCUGUAUAAAGAUGCCUUAUUUAUUGACCCUUUGGAUACGUAUUUUCCAGUGCUCAAGGCCUGACUGAGGGACAGUUUUGUAUGUAGAGAAUUACGAUGACAGAAUGAAUGAAAGCUAUUUCUCCUUUUUUUUACUUCUUAAUAAUUUUUAUGUCGCCUGAUCAGUUUUUUGCAGCUAUAGAGUCAUUUAUAUACAUUAUACAGGACUGUACACCACAUGUUUGUAAUGUUACAAGAGGCGUAUGUCUGGAUUGUUAAAUAUCACUGUACACCCUCCCCUCUUGAUAAACUAUUUCUAUUGCAUUGCGCAUUAUCGUGUGUGCCAAAUAUCACGAGGGAUAAAGCAGAACCACUUGGUUGUUUAUGUUGUGCUUUCUAUACCUUAUAGCUGUAGACAUUUUGUUCUUCUUCGGUUGUUGCCAUUGUUCAGGGCUACUUCUUACCACUGAAUUACCAAUGCAUGCAUGGCAGAAAUGGAAUUGAUGCAUGGCAGAAAUGGGAUUGAUGCAUGGCAGAAAUGGGAUUGAUGCAUGGAAGAAAUGGGAUUGAUGCAUGGCAGAAAUGGGAUUGAUGCAUGGCAGAAAUGGGAUUUGAUGCAUGGCAGAAAUGGGAUUGAUGCAUGGCAGAAAUGGGAUUGAUGCAUGGCAGAAAUGGGAUUUGAUGCAUGGCAGAAAUGGGAUUUGAUGCAUGGCAGAAAUGGGAUUGAUGCAUGGCAGAAAUGGGAUUUGAUGCAUGGCAGAAAUGGGAUUUGAUGCAUGGCAGAAAUGGGAUUGAUGCAUGGCAGAAAUGGGAUUGAUGCAUGGCAGAAAUGGGAUUGAUGCAUGGCAGAAAUGGUUUCAUGCAUGGCAACGUUCUAAAGAUGAUCUAGUGUAUUCUGGGACACCUGGUACACAGCUUUGAAUGACUAACCUCCAGAACCAUCUUAACACUAUGUACCUUGUACCUUGUACUGUACUGUACUAUGAUCUUACUGAUUUGUACCGUAGCCUAAUAUCUUGUAAUAAAGAUUCUGAAGAAGUUCAUUAA